UUGGUGUUAUUAUUGAUGAUUGUUUCGUGUUAGCGUUUCAAGUUUUGGGAAUUCUCCAAUUUGGAAUUAGACAACAAUGGUUUAUUCUUCUGAGAAUAUAGUCUGUUCUUCGCUGUCUAAUAAUAAAUCUGUGGUAGCUCUCGAAAAUACUUUGCAUCAAAGUAUAAAUCAUUUGAAAGAACUCGUUAUAGAAUUUGAUCAACUUCAAGUAGAAUCAGAUGACUAUAAAACCCAAGUAACAACACUCGAAGAAAAAUGUGAAAGUAAACUCUGUGUUGGCUCCGAGGCCUUGAAAAAAGUUAUAGAACUUAAGGACAAUAUUAUUCAGUCUGUUGCAUCAGCCCUAACAAGACUAAAUGAAACAAAGGACAUGAGCAUCAUAGAUGAAGCAUUCAAAAUACUCUGCGGAGAAACAGUCUCACUCACUCCCCCCAAAGACAGUGCAGAUUUUCAACUUAAGACCCCUAAGAAAGAAUCACCUUCAUUUACAGAAGCAAUUAAUGAUGAAUCCGUGUCUGAGAUAGAAGGGACUCCUACUGGUAGAACUAGCCCUAUUAUUGUGUCUAGGAAGGCAAGGAAUGCAUCAGAUUACAGGGAGAAAAAGAAAUGUCCAGACAAUUGGCCAACACCAAAGAACAAGGCAUUGAAACUGACAUAUCCCAACUUCUGCACUCCACCUGGCAAGGGCAAGGGCAAGCUACGGCAGACCAGGUUCACGACUGUGAAACAAACUUCUGUGCUUGAUAUUUCCAGCUCACCAGAAUUUGUUGGCUUAAGAAGCAAUAAAGAUACUAAGAGCAUGCAGUUAAACAUUAAAAGAGAAUCGCUUGAUGACGAGGACACGAUAGAACCUUCACCCACUAGCAUCACGUCCAAUUUUUCAUCCAUAUACAGAUCAGCAGUUAGAAGCAGCCCUUUAAAAUUAAAUAGGAACAGUCCACACAAAAUAAUAAAGGGUAGCCCGGCGAAACUGAGCUUAGUCAAGAAACCUCACCCCAAUAUGUCCAAACUACAGAUCAAGACCGAAGGCUCAAGUAAUGUAGACAAUGUGGAAAAUAAACUGGGAAAUUCAGACAUAAAAAUGAAAAUGGAAGACUCGAUCAAUCUGCUAAGACCUCCACGAUUUCGCACACCAGAGAGAUCACCAGCAAAGCUGAAAGACCCAAAUGAAACAGAAUGCAACAUCGAUUCCAGCAUAUCGCUACUUCAUCAUGUCCAAAAACUGGAAAAGACGUCGCCAGAUCGCAAGAACAUAUGCAGCCCCACCAAACGGCCUUUAGCAGAAAAUAUCAACUUCACCAACCUUCAAACGCAAUGCGACACGGAAGCAAGCGUGUCACUCCUCAACCACAACCAUUUCAUAGACAAUAAGAAAGAUCUAGAAAGUCCAAACAAAAACCCAACUUUUCAGGGGCUAGAAAGAGAAGCAAAUAGAAAUCCGGUAAUAGAAAGUAUUAUAAAGAAAGAUCUGGAGAGAUUAGAGCCGAAAAGAGAGAAUGGGAAAGUAGAUGUUAUUUUUAAAGAGCCUACAGUUAGGAAGAAAGCGGAGAAGAGAGCUUUGCCUGGAUGGAGUUGCGAUGAGUGUAAAAAUUUCUACGCCGAGCUAUACAAGAACGACCCAGUGAUGUUGGCCAAGAAGAUGGACGAGUGCUCCAAGCACCGCGGGCGGCGCGACCCCGCGCGGCCCCGGACCCCGCCCGGCUUCUGGGACCCCAGGUGGGACGUGCCCGAAGACACUGAGGAGUUCAACAGGAGGAACAAUGCUGGUUGAUAGACAACCAUUGGUACUCUUUGUAAAAAUAAACCUUAUCAUAGACACAAGUGUAUUUUAAAACAUAUUUUAUUUCAUUUCAUUUAUUAAUUGUAUAGUCAUGUACAUACAUUAUUAAGGUGUUGCAAUACAAUUCAGUAAGUCAGUUCAUGACGCCCUGUGAGGACAUACAACAACAAUAUACUAAUACCUUACAAAUCUAAGCUAAUCAUUUAAUAAAAUAAAAUUAUUCAUCACGAUCAUCAUCCGAACUUACAAAUCCACAAAAUUUAAAUUAUUAAUACAUUUAAAUAUGUUACAAUUGUAUGAAAUUGCAUGUCACUUAAAUUCCAAAUAUUACACAUUUGAUAAAUAAAUAGUCAGUUCAGUAAUAAUUAAAAAUAAAAUAGCAAUUAUAAAUUAUAAUAAAAAAAGUCAUUAACUGAAUAAUAGCAUUUAUCGAGUAAUAAACCAGGAUCUAUAGCGAAUUUAUUUUGUUACCUUUAUUUCCGACGUUUCGACGCGGGUUUCACUGGUCGUGAUCGCGGAUUCGCGUCAAAACAGAGAUUUGUGUAAUUACCCGACGAAAAGUAUGAAAAAGUUUCGGUAGGCAGUAGGCAUCACAAUUUGAAACUACCCAACACUUAUGUAUUAAUUCUUUUCGUCGGGUAGUUACACAAAUCUCUGUUUUGGCAUUUUGCUGGGACAUCAGUUAGCCGCGACCACGAACAGUGAAACCUAGGUCGAAACGUCGAAAACAAAGGUAAUACAAUUAAUUUGCGAUAGACAUAUUUUAAAUAUGUUUUAAAAUGUGUUCAAAACGCGAAAGUUUGAAACGUUACAAGAGGAUACACCUGGAAAUAACCCUUUUUAUAGACACGUGAUUUUCUUGAAUUACUUACUCCCUUAAGAGCAAUUCCUAGCUGAGCAACUUUUCAAAUCUCAAAGUUUUGAAGCUAUGUUUCUGUCGCACUGCGGUGGGCGGGAGUGCGUGCGUGCGAUAAGGACAACUGCAGCUCGGGCUAAAAUUUCCACGCAAAAAAAUCAAAAGUCUAAGUUUCGCUCUCGACUGUUUCCUUGUCCAAAACGCAACCAAUCAUUAUGAAAUUUUGGAAACUGCGAGAGGAAGAAAUAAUCUAUGCCGCUGUUUUGAUUUUUUGGAUAUUUGUUGUCAUAUUUGUAUACUGCGCCUUUU